AUGCUAUCAUCAAAGCAACAACUGACAGCCGUGCUGCUCCUGGCUGCGCGCGUGCUGGGACUGAACUUUACAAUUUCCAAUGGCCAGAUCUUUACACCUGGUUUUGUGGUGCUGGAUGCCCCUCAGCCGAACACGCCGCUUGGAGGAGAUACUUUGCACGUGGCUAUAGACGUGACUGCCAACGGCAAGCUGCCGUUGCCACCGCAUGACGAAGAUGACGAUAACCAGAUCUUCAGUAUCGACAUGUUCCUCUACAGUUACAUGUCAGGUCGCAACCUGACCAUCUCCAAUGGAACGGCGACCGCUAAUAAUGCAAGUCUCGGGGAGAUCAUGACCCAAGAACCAAGCAGCACGGUCAAGCAUAUCAACUGGGUGUGGCCUGACUGCCUCGUUGGUGAUGGAAAACCUGAAGGAGAUAGUGACCGUGGUGUUUACAACAUUUCCAUCCGGCAAAACUUUAGGCUCAACGGCGAUGACCACUACACCAUCUUCGACGUUCCAAUCAAUGUCACCAACUCGAUUCCUGAGGAUGACGAUCGGCCGUCUUGUGAUGAGCUAUCGAAUGAUAUUCUCUCGCCCGAAGAAAUCGACGCAGAGGCAGCUAAUAAAGUGGGCGUUUUGUUUGCGCCAGAUGACUCGACCGAGCUUGAAGCCAGUGGUGAGGCUUCGAAGGGAUCUGUCCUGGAUUCGAAAGUAGCGGUAUAUGCUGGAUUAGUGAGCUUGUUCAUGACGAUUUAA